UGACUGCAGAGCAAAUGUGGGUGGGGAAUGUGUCGUCUGAAACUUUUUUCUGCUAUGAGAGCAGGUUGUUACUUCCUGGUGGAGUCUUUCAGCCCAGGCAACUACAGUCUGUCUGUAUGUUUAUUACUGGUUAUAUUUAUAUAACCAGUAAUAAAAAAAAAAUGGGCAUUGCAACAGAAAUGUAGCCAAGUUCAUCUGCUGUUGUAGAAAGCAGUCAUAUGCCUUUAAUGAAGGAUUAUGCCUAUGGAUUGCUGAGUAUGUACUGGGUGUGUUGACCCUGAUGGACAUCAUUUGGCUAUGAUUUAAACUCAAAUACAACCCAACAACUUGACAGCGAUGCAAAAUGGAGACUCCAAUUCCAGAAGUGUUGUUGGAUAUUCUUCAGGAUUUGGGAGAAAAGGAUCUGAAAUUGUUUUGGUGGCAUUUGAUCAACGGGGUGGAAGGUUUCAGGCACCUUCCAAAGGCUCAGCUGGAGAAUGCAGACAGACAAGACACGGUGGAUAAGAUGGUGCAAAGCUAUGAACACAGUGGGGCUGUGGAGAUCACACUAGUCAUCCUAAAGAAGAUAAACCAGAACCAACUGGCUGAGGACCUGAGGACCAGACUCAAAGCUUGUAGAGACAGAUGUCAUGAAGUAGCUGUUAAGAGUCCAGCACCCUCCCCCACUGCAGCUCAAGACAGAGCCAUAGGUAGUGCCAUCACUGCAGCAGCAGAUUCAGUACAGAGUGUCCUGAGAGAGUGUAGAAGAAGCCUUGAGGAAACAUAUGAAUGCAUCUUUGAAGGAAUGGCAAGAGAGAGAAAAACUGCUCUGGAAAACAUUUACACUGAGGUUUAUAUUAUUGAGGGUGAGACAAAGGUGAUACAUGGUAAAGAUGAGAUUUGGCCUACAGAACAAAAAUGCAGAGCCCAAUUCUCACGUGACAGUGCUGUUACCUUAAAUAAUAUCUUCACUCCCUUGCUUACAUAUGAAUCUAAUGAAGAAAGAAAAGGGAGAAAAAUCAGGACUGUGCUGACUAAAGGCAUUGCUGGGAUUGGAAAAACUGUUGCCGUUCAAAAGUUUAUGCUUGACUGGGCCAAAGGAAUUGCAAAUCCGGACAUAGAUUUUAUUUUUUGGUUUCCAUUCCGGGAGCUAAACUUAAUUAAAGAUGACAUAUACAGUCUGUAUAAACUGAUGAUUUAUUUUUAUCCUGAACUUGAGACAGUUACAGAAGCAUUUGUCAAGAGGCUCAAACUUGUGUUUAUUCUUGAUGGUCUGGAUGAAAGCCAGUUUGCACUGAAUUUUGUCUGCAAAAAUGUGUCUGAUACAACAAAAGAAACAAGAAUCAAUGAGAUACUGGUCAACUUGAUCAAAGGAAAAUUGCUUCCAAAUGCUAAUGUUUGGAUAACCUCACGACCUGCAGCAGCCAGUCAAAUUCCUUUUGAAUACUUCCACCGUGUAACAGAAAUUCAGGGAUUCAGUGAUGCUCAGAAAGAAGAAUACUUCAGGAGGAGAAUCAGUGACCAGGAAAAGGCAAACAUAAUUAUCUCCCAUAUCAAACAGUCAAAGACUUUGCAUAGCAUGUGCUACAUACCAGUAUUCUGUCAGGUCUCAGCCACUGUUCUUAAGCAAAUGUUUCACCAAAGCAAAAAGGAAAUCCCAAAAUCUCUGACUGAAAUGUAUGUACUUCUACUGCUCAUUCAGACAGACAUAAAACAGCAGAAGUAUGAAAACAGCAUGGAGAGAGAUUCCAAAAAACUGCUUGAAUCCAAUAGAACCUUGAUUCUCAAGAUGGCUCAACUGGCUUUCAGACAGCUGAUAAGGGGCAAUGUGAUGUUCUAUGAAGAGGACCUGAGAGAAUGCAGUAUCGAUGUCACUGAGGCCUCAGUGAACUCUGGGAUUUGCACUGAGAUAUUUAAGGUUGAAUCUGGAUUGUAUCAGAGGAAGGUCUACUGCUUUGUGCAUUUGAGCUUUCAAGAGUUCCUGGCUGCUUUGUAUGUGUUUUACUGCUAUGUGUGCAAGAAGAUGGAAGUACUGAAGUUUUUCUUACAUGAUAGUUAUGAGCACGGUGACAGUGAGUUCUCUGGAAGUCUUUCUCAGUCUAUUAAUGCUCCACUAGAACAGUUGCUGGUAGGAGCAGUGGAUAAAGCUUUAAGGAGUGAGAAUGGGCACCUGGAUCUUUUCCUCCGUUUCCUGCUAGGCAUCUCGCAGGAGUCCAAUCAGAGGCUCCUACAAGGCCUUCUGAUACACAAACAAAGCAGCUCAGAGAGCAUUGAGAAAACCAUACGAUACAUCAAGAAAUUGUUCAAAGGAUAUAAAUAUGAAGAAUAUGCUGAAGAAUACCGCAGACAUUGUAUCUCAACUGACAAAUCCAUCAAUCUUUUCCUCUGUCUUUCUGAACUGAAUGACCAGUCUCUUGCUAGAGAGAUUCAUGAAUAUCUAAAAUCUGGAACACGCUUAGAAGAGAAGCUCUCUGCUGCACAAUGUUCAGCAAUAGCCUACAUGCUGCAGUCAUCUGAGGAAGCUCUGGAUGAGUUUAACCUGAAGAAAUACAACACAUCAAUAGAGGGUUAUAGGAGACUAAUCCCAGCCUUAAGCAACUGCAGGAAGGCUAUACUAGCUGGUUGCAAUCUCACCAUAAACUUCUGUGAAUUGUUGGCAUUGGCUCUACAAUCAGCAAAUUCCUGCCUGAAAGAGCUGGACCUUAGUAACAAUGACCUGCAAGAUUCAGGAGUUGGGCUUCUUGUUGCUGGACUAAAGUGUUCACAUUGCAACCUCGAGGUACUCAGAUUAGCCAGAUGUAAUCUCACUGUGGAGUCUUGCAAAUCUCUCACAUCAGCUCUACAAUCAGAAAACUCUUCCCUAAUGGAGCUGGACCUCAGUAACAAUGACCUGGAGGAUUCAGGGGUGGACAUGCUCGCAAACGCACUAAAGAGUUUACAGUGUAAACUGAAGAUACUCAGAUUAGUGUUCUGCAAUCUUGGGGAACAGGUUUGUGAAAAUCUGGGAUCAGUUUUACAACAGGAAAACUCUUCCCUGAAAGAGCUGGACCUCAGUAACAAUGACCUUCAGGAUUCAGGAGUGAAGCUGAUUGCUGCUGGACUGAAGAGUUCAUAUUGCAAACUGGAAAUACUCAAAUUAUCAGGUUGUUUGGUCACAGAGAGGGGUUGUUCUUUUCUGUCUUCAGCUCUGACUUCACAUUCCUCACACCUGAAAGAACUGGAUCUGACCUACAACUACCCAGGAGAAUCAGGAGUAAAGCUGCUCUCUGCUAAACUGGAGGAUCCACACUGCAAACUGGAGACCCUCAGGGUGGAACAUGGAGAGAUAAUCAGGAUUAAACCAGGACUAAAUAAAUAUGCCUGUGAGCUCACUCUGGACCCAAACACAGCACACACUUCUCUCACUCUGUGUGAGGGGAACAGAAGGGUGGUGUGUGUGAAAGAGCAGCAGUCGUAUCCUGAUCAUCCAGAAAGAUUUGCUGAUCUUCAGCAGGUGCUCUGCAGAGAGAGUCUGACUGGACGCUGUUACUGGGAGGCUGAAUGGAAUGGACUUUCUGCUAUAGCAGUCUCAUAUAAAACAAUCAGCAGGAAAGGAAGCAGUGAGGACUGUGUUCUUGGGUCCAAUGAAAAGUCCUGGAGUCUGUACUACAUAAAUGACAGUUACUUGAUCAGGCACAAUGGGAAGGAUGUUGUCAUACCUGCCCCUUCCUCCAGCUCCAAUAGAGUAGGCAUCUAUGUGGACUGUCCAGCUGGCAGUUUGACCUUCUACAGCAUCUCCUCUGAUUCGCUGACCCACUUGCACACAUUGCAGUCCAAUUUCACUGAACCCCUCUAUGCAGGGUUUUGGGUUUCACAUGAUUCCUCAGCGUGCGUGUCGUUCCAUGAAAAGAGUGCCAUUUAAGUCCAUAACAUUUGAUGUCUUAUAUGAGAGCCAGUUUACACAUUGUAUUAACAUGUGUUUUGUGUCUGGAUUGUAUCUGAAUUUACUUUGGAAGGAUACCAUUUAUACCUUUCACUUAAAUGUGUCCCCAGUGCGACCAGAUAGGAUCCGAUUUUUUUGACCAUGUAAAAAGUAUCGACCCCAUUUUACUUUUGUUUACUUUUUUGUCUGUCAUUAUUCAUUGGCCCAGAGUGCAAGGAGGCACUCGAUUUGUGGAAAACUCCAGCCUCAUACAUCCUCCAGUUGUUUGUUCAUCCUCUCACCUGUUUGUCGCAUGUCCACUCAUGUAAUUGUAUAAGGAUAACAAAGAUGUAUUCUGUUUACACCUGUGUUAAAUAUGGUCAAAAUUUGACUCUGACUACCUCCAAAUGUGGUUCAGUGAUCUGAUUGUAAUCCAACUACAAUGCAUCCUGGGAGUAUUUACAUCUGGCUUUUCAUGCAGUCAAAUGAAAUCUGAAAGUUAUCUGACACAAGCCCUUACAGACAUAAAAUCACCUAAUAUGUGUUUUUCGAACUUAAGUAUAUGAAUUCAAGGUUCA